AUGACAAGUUGUUCUGUAUCCGGCGAAUCUUUUGUAAAUUUUGUUUUUACUCCAACUAUUGGUGUUCUUACUACCGAAGAUGUGGAGGGUUUCCUAUCACCUAACAACCUUACAUUCAGCGAGCUGUUAUUACCGUUUUCUGGACAAUUAAGAGAUAUUUUUAUGAAAGAUGGAAACAACAUCACGCACAUGGUCAAAAAGCUCUGUGUCCGCUUUGAUAACGCCACCGCGCCGUUUAACCCUGUGACUGAUCGAGAGUUUAUUAUUCAGCCUUCUCUCUUUCCUACAAUGAACUCUUCCAAAUUUUAUCUCAAUGGGAAGGCUUACAAUAUCCCAGGCAUGCAUAUAUUACUUACUGCACAUUUUCUAGUUUCAACCCCUUGGUUUGAGUGCUGGCGUCAUUUAUUCAUAUCUCAUUUGGGUUGCUAUGAACAUGAGUUUCUGACGCGUUAUCUCGGUUGCUUGUUCGUUGUCACCACCCGUAAUCCAGAUACCCUCGGUGCUUUUUCAAGUCUUGUUCAACAACAAGCCCAGCUGUUAAAAUCUCAACCCUUCCGAUGGUUUAGUCCAACUAACAUAGUCAAGUUUUACGUUCUUAUCAACGACCCGGAUAUGAUGCCAGUUACUGAUGGUGCUAAAUUAUUCCAAUCGGUUGCUGCAACCUACGGUAACGCAAAUUGCUACUUCCUGGAUCUCUGUUCGUCUCAAUAUUGUUCUGACAGUACCAUUGGAGAUAUAUGGGUUCGAUAUCUUCUUCCUCAAGGCUGGAAACCGAAUGAAAUUGAGACAGCUAAAUCCGUUUUAAAUCCCCAGUUAACCUGUCCCCAUGGUGAACACUUAGGCAAACAAGAUCAUGAAAAACUUCAGGCUUUUGUGUAUGAUUUUGUAACUCGGAUUCUUGUCCCGUGGACGGAGUCAACCAUCAAGUCUUUGAAUGACCAGGCUGCGCAUCGCUUGCGCAAGUCUCGAGGAUUAUUCUCGGUCACUCGAAAGCUCUUUUCUCAAUCCUAUGUAAAUGAGUCCGUUUCCCUUUCUUUAAGCCAAUCGGAUCUGCAUGUCAGUCUGCUGGACGGUACUAACUCUGCCGCUGGUUCGGCUUCCGUCUAUCCUGAUGAUGCACCAGAACUUCAGAUGAGGAAGCUGGCAGACCUUUUAUUUCUAUUUCAACAAUACGAAUCAGCGCAUCAGAUUUAUGACCUGGUAAAACGAGAUUUCAAGCAGAAGUCGGCUUGGCUUUACUAUGCUGGGACGCAAGAGAUGUCUGCAUUGUCGACGUACCUGCAGGGAGCGGUUAGCCAACGUCAGUACCCACAACAUCAAAUGGAUGAUGCGAUUCUUACCUAUGUAACUAAAUGCAAAAACUCUGAUCUUGCAUUGCGGGCUGUUCUUCUGCAUACGGAAGCACUGAAAUCUCGGGAACUCUUUGCCGAAACGGCAGUGUGUUUCAUUCGAUUGGCUGAUGUAGGUGGAUUUAUGGCUGGAGGUAUGCUGUUAGAGCAGGCAGCACAUUGUAAUUUACGGGGGAAACGGCCGCUUCUUCGUCACUUCGCAAUGCGAAUGGCUCUGGCUGGAGUACGUUUUGCUCGGGCCAAACAGCCACUACUCAGCGCUCGUUCCUUCUCCCUGACCCUUGAAAUUCUCUCACCUAUCAAAAGCGUUGACUCCGGCUGGACUCUAGUCCUCGACCAUGUGAAUGAAAAUCUUGCACGUCAACAGAUUCUGUUAAAUCAACCCAGGGAGGCGCUUCAAUCAUUGUGGCAUCUCCUUUCACCGCAUAGCUGUCAAUUGGAAGCUGCACAGAGUCGAUUUUUGCGAGAAUUCCUCAACAUCCUCAAUAAGGUGAACUCAUCCGGAGAGGGGAGAAAGGAGUGGCUGGAGUUGGGUCUUCCAAUUUUUGAAAAAAAUCAUGCCAAAGUGAUGUUGGGAACACCUACCCGCAAAACGGAUGAUGAUUGCUCGGUGGAAGCUCGUGGAACCGCUUUUUCGGACAAUGAACACGAAGACGCUGAAGAUGCGCGUACCUUCACAGCUCAGCGCUCCUCUCUUCCUCACAACUUUGCAACUCUAAUCUUUCCCUCCUUUGUUCCGACAACUGACAUUCCUGUUUGGAUGGUUUCUACGGACGUGCCAUCUGUGGAAGAAAGGGGAGAUGGUGGUUUUAAUCACAUGAAAUGGCCCGGUGAAGAAUUCAUUCGUUUCCUCUACUCUCGUCCCUCAUAUUCACUACCACGACAGGCAGUUUUCCGUCGAUUGAAAGCGCUGUUAUGUCUACAGGCCGGCCAGGAAUUGUCUCGCGAUGCAGAUGACAGCGACCUUGUGGUGGCGACAGCUCCGUCCGUAUACGAGGAGAAGACAAAGAAAAAAAUGCGGUGGCAUGACAUUCCUGUUGGCGAACAGCUGACAGUUCAGAUCCCACUGUACAACUCCUGGAAAGUGCCGCUUGUUCUGACUGAUGUCCACCUUCUCUGGCAGGCGUCGUUCACUUCCAACCCCUUCUCUGAAUCUGGGGUUAUUCUUUCCAACGAAGAGGUCAAUUUGGAGCGACUUCGUGAGGCGCGGAAUUACGUCCACACUUCAGUUCUCAACGAGUUUUACAUGUUGCCUGGAGACAGGAAAUUGGUUGAGUUGGGACUGCAACCUAGACGAUCCAUGAUUGAUCUCCAAAUUACCGGUGUUGCUUUUAAACUUGAUAUCUCGUCGUCACGUCAAUUAUCCCUGGCAGACCUUCCUUCACCUGCCGCGCCGCCUCCUCUCUCAUCAUCACUGGAGCUACUUACCACCACUCCACAAUUGGAUGUUUCCAUGAGAGCCACUGAAUUCCUCCGCGAUCCAUUGGAUUCCACUAAUUUGUCAACGAAUUCCUUAACGUCCGGCGGCCUGACUUCUUCCAUUGUUCAGGGGAAGGUCCGCUUCUCCUCAGCUCCGACAGAUCCACGCUUUCAUUGGAAUGUCGUUUCACCGCAGGCGCUUCUGAAGGUAGCAUUUGGUGGACUUCCCCAAUCCCUAUUCGAGGGUGAAAUCUACGGACACAGCCUCACUUUCACGAAUAUUGGAAGUCGUGCGCUGAAGAAUCUCUACGUCACAACCUCUUGGCCAAGUUUUUUCCUCCUUUCUAAUGCGUCUCCAUCCCUCGUUAUGCCAUUGUCGAGGGUAGUCCCAUUGGAGGCCUCGCAGUCGAAAAACGAGCAGUUUUGGAUUCGAGCACCACCAGCCCAAAUGCGUCGAUUAGACCGUUCCCAACGACGAGAGAAUUCUUUGGUGUUUUCACAGCCUCCAGUUCCACCUUUUUGUCGAUUUCAUGUGGUUUUCGGCUACACCACGAAGGACGAACCAUCUGAAACCCAGGGCUCCGAGGUGGACUCGUUGGUGAUCACUUUGAGGUGCAAGAACGUCUCCCUACAGCAUUCAUUCAAUGUGAUUCAAUUGGCUUGCCUGGAUGUGAAUUGGAAUAUCCAUCUCGUGGCUCCCAGAGAGGCAGCAGCUUCUAAGAACGGUGUUCUCAUGCUUCCGACCCGGGAGAUGACCUUUUGCGUUCGCGCAACACGACGGAAGCCCGCGACAACGGAGGCUGCUGGUGUUGGCAGCGCAUCCAGCAUCGCUUUACACCCUGUCUCGGAUGGAAUCGACGCACUGGCCACCCCCUAUGCACAAUUUUUCCUGCUCUCUACACAGGCCGCUCAAAUGGCUGCAUCCAGGUGUCAGACUGGAAAUUCAGCCAACGGGGACGCACCAACAGAAGUAGCAGCUCCAGAAACUGACUUGCAACCGAAGAACUUCUUCUUACUGGCUUUUUGGCAAGUGGUUGAUCAAAGUGACUCCCUGGUUAAAAGCCAACGCUUCGGUCAGAGUCACAUUCGUGUUGUCUACGCGCAUAUGCCGAAAGCUCUACAAUCUCCCUCGGGAAACAACUUGGCGCAAAUGCUGGCCUCGAUUCCCUCACUGCUACCGCUUUCUUCACUGCUUCGUCUACGUCUGUAUCAUCCAUUCCGAGUCGUGCAUAAUUUUACCAGAAGGAGUGAGGAAUGUACACCUGGUUUAAGUUCGACUGUUGAAAGUUCUGCAAUGGCCGCCAUUCCAGUCACCGUGGAAAUUUAUAAUGCCAGCUCCUGUCCCGUUACCGCUCGUAUAUCGACUAAUGAAGACAGCACAAGGAGUCCCACAAUCCCACAGCAACCGUCACCGCCACGCGUACUGUGGACAGGUGCGUGCGUGCAGCAGGUAGCCUUGGCUGCGGGUCAGAUACACCGCCUGGCCCUCAUCGCACGUGUUGCCUGCCCCGGCGUCUACGAGGUCAACUCCCUUUGUCUUAAAGCCUCCGUUUCUCCCUCCUCUACCUCUCCGCUACCGCCACCAUCUCGUCCCCAUAGCAAUAAUAUUAGCUAUGAGAGAAGUGUCGUUCUCCCCACCGGUUCCAUUGUCGCUGUCAGUAACCCGCCUGCGCCGUUUGUUCGCCAAUUGUGUGACUUUUCGUCCUUAGUUGUCGUGGUAGCAGCGGAGGCGUCCUAA